UGAUAACAUUUAGACAAUAUCUCCAAGUUUCUAACUAAUAUUUUGAGUUAACUCGUUAACAGUAUUGACUAUUGAGUAUUAUUCCUUAAAAAAUUGGUCUACAAAUACAUUUUCUGUAGGUCCUUGAAUUCCUAUGGCACAGAAAUCAUUUCGUACAACGUCUUAGGGUGACAAGUUUUCUAUCCACCUGUUGACUAAACGUCAGUAGGCUAUUAUACACCCAUCUAAAAUCAUAAAAUAUGUUAUUGGUGCUAUUAUGGAUAGGGCUGUGACCAGAGAACCAAUUUGGCAGAAGUGCAAAUUUUGUCACAAUGCCACGUUUGAACAAUUGCAUCAAUUUGAACGACACUUGUAUGAUGUGCAUAGUAGAAGAAAAGAUGGUCAGUACUUUUGUGAGUAUGGCGACACUAGAAUUUGCUGCAAAAAGUCUAAUGAAUCCGAUUACAAAAUACAUGUUGUCUACAACCAUGCUUUCCAAUCAGUAAAUUGUGUCAAACCUUACCGUAAAACGUCAGAUAAUAAACGUCCAACAGAUGAAUGGAAUUUCUACUCAGCCUCCCAAAGUCUUGCUACUGUUUUAAAUGAUCCAAGACGGCCUCGAACUAAAGAUUUCUUUACUAAGAUAUGGGGUGAUAAAUUCACUGAUACGAGUCCAAUUCCACCACCUCAACAUUUGCCUGUAAUAAGGCCUCAAUACUUUCAAACUUAUCUUAAACGUAUACCAAAACGACAUAAAAAACUUGUGGAACCUCAACCGAAAAAAGAUAAACAGGAUUAUCCUUCAGAAAUCCUUCAGCAAUUUCCGAAUUUACGAUUAACUAAAUCAACAGACAGGGUGAGUUAUGAUUUAUCUGAGGUUCCAUCUAUAUUUUUGGAACCUCAUUUUGAUCUCAGUAAACGUGAAACAUUAUUUACUGUGUUUCCCAAUAUAUUCCUCACAUCAGAUACCCAUGCCAAUGAUGUUACAGCUAAUAUUAGAAUAUCUGAUAAAUCUAUCCUCGAGAAAAAGUUGAGCCAUUAUUUAGAUACUGUAGAGGUAAAAAUUGCACAACAGGUAAGUUCAAAAUCAGAAGCAUUUUUUCAUACAAUGACAUCACAUGAUACACUUAUGGAACAAAUUCAUCUAUCAAUACAACUAGCUCAAAACCUGCGAUGUAGAAUCAGACAAGUGAAUGAAAAGUUUGUAUCAAAACCAUUGACAAUUUUAAAAACUAAAACCACAAUUUUAAAUCAUACCAAUAUAAUUGAAAAGUUGAAAUUAAUGGCUACAGUAUAUCACACACAAACGACAAUACAAGUACUACUAUCAGCUGCUGAUUAUGUUGCUGCUUUAGACUUAAUUUAUACCACUAAGGAUCUAUUAUCUAAGGAACUUUCUGGAGUCCACUGCUUCAGGCAUUUGACUUCAGAAUUAAAUGAAAUUAUUAAAAUGAUAGAUGCAUUAAUGGCUGGUGAAUUUGAAAGAUGUUCAUCAGCAGACCUCAAUCGUCCAUUAGUAGGUACUGAUAUAGAGGUUUUGGAAAAAGAUAAAUUAUUUUCGAUACUUAUGGGGAUGUUAAGGCGUAAAAAUUGGGCAUUUUUAGAAGCAUACAGUAAAGAAUGUGAAACAGCAAUAAGUGCUGCAAUUAAAAAAAGUGUUAUAGAUACAGUUGCAAAUAGUGAUGUUGAUCAUCAGAUCAGUCAGUCAUCAAAUUUAGAAAGUUAUUUGUAUUGUUUAACUACUAAUGAGUGGUUGAAUAUGCUAGAAGACUGUUCUUACACUUUGUCUCUUCUUUUACGAAGAAUAAAGGCAGGAUAUAAUAUCAUGCAUCAUGCUCUUAAUGUCAGCGCUAAAAAGUUCAAUAGUCACAAUGAAAAUACUAUUGAUUUAGAAGAACCGUCAUUUGAUUAUAAUCUUAGUGAAGAAGAUUAUAUUAAAGUCAGAGCAAAGCUGACUAAUCUUUUAAACUCUAUAACCGAGUGUGCUGUUGUUAAAUAUGCUCAAUUAGUUAAUAAGAGUUCUAGUGCCAAUACUGAAAGUGAACAAGUUAGUGGUAUUACCGAACAACUCAAUGGAGAUGAUGAAUCCAGAAAUUAUUGUUUAUCAGAUCAAAAACAGUUGUUACGAUUGUCUGAAUGUAUAAAAAAUUUGAGUGAAUGUUACGUAGAAGUAUGCCCUAAUCAAGAUGUCGGAUUUAAAAUAUUACAGGCUGCCAUGCAAUCAGAGGCCAAUAAUUUCAUUAAAAAAUUUCACACUGAGAAAAUCAACAAACUCCAACUACUUUUAGAUAGCGAAAACUGGCGGCAAAAAGUUGUGCCUUCAGAAUUUCAACACUUAGUUGAAUAUAUUCAAACUACUGGUCAAUUUUCAAUGCCCAAACCAUUAUCACCAAAAACCUCCACUAAACCAGCUCAGAUAUUGAUUGUAAAUGAUGAAAGUUUUGCAGUGGUUGGGACUGUGUUACUUUUGAUUCAAAUGGUAACUGAGUACUGUACAAAGGCUGAUGAGAUAAAUUUGGCCGCACAAAGUUUGUUACGCUAUGUGUGCGAUAUCUUAAGAGAGUAUAACUCUAGAUCAUAUUAUUUAGUAUUGCAAGCAAAGGCAAUAUCAAACAAGACUGGUCUAAAGAAAAUAACAUGUACUAAUUUGGUGUUAUCACUUAGAGCUUUACAACUGUUACUAUGGAUUGUACCUUACAUACAAACACACUUUUCUAGUUUUUUGGAAGAAUCUCAAGUGAACACAAUAUUAAAUAGAGUUAAAAACGAUAUUACAAAACACAUCAAAGACAUACAAGACAAACUGCAUGAUAUAGUAAAACAGAUAAUCAUGCAGCAAAUGUCAAACUGGGAGGCUAAACCUCCUAUUCCGUCCAAAUCGUUUCAAAAUAUUUGCAAACAUAUAUGUAAACUUCAUGAGGCCAUAGCAAGUAUACUGCCAAAAAUUCAAAUUCAAUACUUGUAUAGACGAAUUCAUAUAACGUUCAAAGAAAUCCUACAUGAAUGCAUAAACAAAAUGGACAAUACUAAUAAUGAUGGGCCCUUACGCGGAAUUGUGUCGUCUGAAUUAAUGUUUUACAUUAAGUCAUUAGAAAGCAUAGAUGCAUUACCCAAAGAAGAAAUGGCAUUGCAAUCAAUGAAUGAUAUAUGGAAUGAAAAUUUCUCAACGAACAACGGUCAUUAAUAUAAUUAUACAGAAAAAUUGAGUUGAACAAAUUUGUACCUAUUUUUUAAUGAGUAAAUGUUUUAAAAAUAAUUUUGUUUCAUGGACUGAUUAAUAUAAAAACUACCAAUAAACCAAUGUAAUAAUGGUCCAAUACUACAUAUAUUUUUAUUGUAUAAGCUAUUUUGAUUUAAUAAAUUCAACAUUUUUUUUUCUGGUU